AUGUCGGAACAAAUUAGACCAGACACGUCGAAUCCGGAAAGCGAGGUCCGACACUGGCAGAUCGAGACCACCUGGUUCUACUUCCCGUGCAUGGACCAAGGCUACCGGGGCACCUCAGAGCACUUCCAACGCGCCAUCGACGAUCUCGACCACUCGAUGUACGCGUUGUAUCGAUACUGCCCUGCGUUCAGCGAGCAGUCCUGGGGCGUCUUGAUCUUCGUCCAUCAUCCCAUCAACUCCGAUCUGCCGAUCAUGCUGGCCUAUGCGCGCCGUCAGCUAGAGAAUCUCCGUGACGAGGCCAGAAUCAAAGAACGGGCCGGAUACCAUUCUCCGACUAUCCGUGGCGUGUAUGUUCCUCCCGAAGAGAAGGAACGACGAGCAGCGGAGUGA